UGGAAAUGGAAAUGGAAAUGGAAACAGAAAUUGGCAUGGGAAUGGGACCACGAAUGGGAAUGGGGACGGCGAUGCCUUCCACAGGCAUUCCCAGAGCAGCAGCGCCCACCUGUCCCUAGGUUUCUACCAAUCGGCUGACGGCGAUAUUGCACGCAUGCCCAACGGCGCCACCUACGGGUCCCACGACGACCUGUGUGUGGAUCAAUGCAUGGGCGUCGGUCUCUACAACGGCUCAAACUAUUUCAACCACCGGGGCGCUCCCACUACUGCCGCCGCCGCCGCCGCCGCUGCUGCUGCUGCACUGCUUCCGAGGUGGUCCGGCCAUGUUACACCCGCCCGGAAUCUCCAACCGCCUUUCUACAACCACUACCCCCUAGAUCUUGAGGAUUUCUCAAUGUCCUUCCGCCCCGGCAUAGCUGCCUCCCAGCCGAACCCCUACCAGCCGUGGUUCGGCCAGCAGCUCCAGCAGCGCCCCUUUCAAGGGAGCGACGAUGACUGCCAAUCCAUGGGCGACUUGAGCUGUUGCGACAGCCAGUGCACCAUGACAGGCAAGUGUACCAAUAUUGCCUGUGCCAACAAAGAGGAUGCCUGUACAGACCAGAGCUGCCCUGGAAUUCCCGCCAAUGUGCCAGCAGAGAUCGUCGACGGGGCAGCCGCUCUCAUCUCCAUCAACCACGCUCCAGAACAGCAACACCACAACUUUGGCCUGCCACCAUCUGUCAUGGACGGACUAGGAUUUGGCCUCCACGGCUCCUCCCAGAACCACUUCAUGCUCGAUUCCAGCUGGCUACCCAGCAACAAUUCAGGGGGUAAUAUCACAAGCCAUAUCUUGGUAGCCCAUCCCGCCAAGACUCAGUCCAACUGCACGCGGCCCUGCCCACUGGACGACCCCCGCAACUAUUCCAACUGCCACGUGCCAAUGGUGUACGACAACCCGUCCCCGUUUGACCAGUAUGGCUCAGUCGGCUCGGACCUGCAGCUGAAUCAGGAUCACCCCGUGUGCGGAGCCGAGAUACCCGACCCCGAAGCCUUUCUUGCCCACUUCAACGCCCGCCAUAGGCCUUUUUUCACUUCCAAUGCACCCGAGUUGGCCAACACACUACAUGGUCAAGUUGUUUUGCCAUCCAACGAGGCCAUGUCUUCGUCGCCUAUUACCCCUUUGGAUACCACCGACUCUGGAGCCUCGACAAGUACGCCCUCGCCUUUCACCCCGCUCUCCAACAAUAUGGAUAUCUCGGACAUGAAGCAAUCCCAGUCCCGGAGCCACUCGGUUGUUUCGUCAGAGGCCACGCCCUUCAUAGCGGGCCCAGACGAUGAACACAGGUGUCUCUGGCGAGAGGAAAGCAGCUCUGAAAUCUGUGGCCAAGUAUUCGAGGAUCCUGGCGACCUCUUCACCCACACGGCCAACGAUCACAUCAAGUAUGCAAAAAAGGGGUCCGAAGGGUUCCGCUGCGGCUGGGAUGACUGUCCACGCAGCGGUCCCGACGCCACAGGCUUCCCCCAGAGAAGCAAGAUCGAGCGACAUAUGCAAACCCAUAUUGGCCACAAACCUCAUGUCUGCCCAACGUGUCACAAAGGCUUCUCAGCAAAGCAGGCUCUGAACCAGCACAUGUUUAUUCACACCAACCAGAAGCCACUGGAGUGUGAGAUUUGCCACAAGGCGUUCAGAUAUCCCAGUGCUCUCACAAUGCAUCAGCGUGUUCACACGGGCGACAAGCCACUAAAAUGUCCUAUAUGUGGCAAAAGUUUCAGCGAGUCGUCUAACCUGUCAAAACACAAACGCACCCAUGAGGUCAAGGGCCGGUUCACCUGCGAGUUCUCUGGCUGUGACCGCAAUUUUCACCGCCAGGACCAGCUUCGCCGCCAUAUGAAGACACACAAGCGGGAAGGCAACAGCAAGAAAAUAGACCUGCUGAGCGCCAAGCUCGAGGCUGUCUUUGAUGACCAGCUGCAGUGCUGAGCUCGUCCGUUUUUGGACUUAAGCCCUUUGAUCCAAUGUCACCAAUGGUGACGGGGAAGAAAUGGUUGACCAGGGGCUCAAAAAGAUGGGUAUCAAUGGCAUGAGACUAGAAGUCCGGUACCUCGAGUUCGAAGUAGCAACAACGAUUUAAGACUAAGCGGGAGCAUAACUGGGCAGGUUUGGGGGCAUCAUGGCAACGGCGCAAAUGGCGAAAGGUCGACCAGGUCUGAGACAUGGGUUCUGUUUAGGGAAUACGGUAGUUUACCAGGUACGGGAUUUUGGAGAAGGGGCCAGAAACACCCUAUGAAGAACCAAAAGUCUAGCUGUGUAACGAAACUCUGCAGGCGUAUACUGCUAAGCCGGUGUUGUUUUCAUGGAUCUAUUAGCCCCGGACUAAAUCUAUACAUGCAAUGUUCCUUUCUACUUAGCAAUCC